AUGGAACUGCUUGGCUAUUUUGGAUCCGCUGAUGAUGCUAAGGAUGUCGUUCCAGUGGUAUUGGCGGUACUAAAUGGAACUAUGGAUGAGGAUCUAUCUAUAAAAGUAAUAAUAGAAGCAUUGGUGCCACUUAUGGAGAAAGAAAAAAAUAAGUUGCUAGUGUAUGUGCUGAAUGCGAUUAUUAAUAAGGAAAUGGCACGUGUUGUAGUGCAAUUAUGUGUAAUGUGUAUGGAAGAAGAAGUAUUGGCAGAAACAGUGAAUAAUAUUAAGGACAAGGAGAUUGUAUACUAUAUGAUGGAAGUGCUUAAGCAGAAAGGAAUGCUGAUGAAUGAAGAGAUUCUCUCUCGCCUUAAGCAUGAUACAACUAGUGUUGUGCUCUGCGGAGUGCCUAGUGCAUCAGACAAGCCAGGGCUGGUAGAAAGUCAUGAAGCAGCAGAAAUACUGAGCUAUUUUAUGCAACAUGAUCCAGCCUCAACCGAGAUGCUGAAAUGCAUGAGAGGGCAGGAUAAAGAUGCAAUAGAUAAUAUGAUGAAAGAUAUAAAGCUUGCAGAAGAAUUAAAUAAGAUAAAGGCUGAUGAUAUAAAUGAGCUGAAUAUGAGGUUUAAUAAUAAUGGGCGUAGUAUGACUGUGAUGCUGUUUAAGCAUCUUAAUGAUGAAGUAAUGCAAAGGAUAGUGCAUGUAAUCAUGGAUGCUAAUGAAAAGAAAUCGUUUUUGAUUGAUCUAAGCAAUUCGGAGGCUAUGCGUAAGUCUAGGUCUACUGAUAAAAAUACAGCAGAUCUCGAUGUGCAACAGAGAAUAAACAAAGUAUGGCAAGUGUAUGGAGUUGACAGUGUGUCUAACUUGCUGCUGCCUAUGAGUGACGACGAAAGAAAUAAGGUGCUGAAGCAGCUGGGUCAUAAACACGAAAUUGAUGCCUUGAUCUAUGUUGGCACUAAGAAUAAUUAUAGAAUUAAGGUUAAAGAAGGAAGGAUGAAGGAUGUGCGAAUGAUAUUUGAUGCAAUUGAGGAUGAACGCAGGAAAGAAUUGCUGAAUGAUAUUAUUAAUGAAAAAGAAGGUUUGCCAUAUUAUAAUACAGAUACAUUUAAUAAGCUAAUGGAUGUACUGAAAGAAGCAUCGGUUGAGUAUAAGGAAGUAGCAUAUAUGUUGCUUGGUAUUAAAUACAAGAACUGGGUAACAGAUAUGAUUACCCGGAUAUCAACAGAGCAUGGGGAUAAGUAUGUAGCGGAUAUAUUGCUGAGCAUUCAUAAUUAUAAUGACUUGAAAAGCGUGAUUUCUGAUAUUAAACAUAAGCCAACAUUAAUUGCAAGGAUAUUGGGUAAAGCUGAUGAUAUUGAUAAGCUCAGUAGAUUGUUCAAUAUUAUUGUUUCAGAUGAUAUUAUCAAUCGUAAGAUGCAAAUUGUGUUAGAUAAGCUUGUGAUCAAUAAGAAUAUUGUUAAUGAGUUGAUACAUAAACCGAAGGAUGAGCAGAACAAUAUACUGGGGGCAAUUAGUAAUACACAACUAGUUAAUAAAAUUAAUUGUGCGAUCAAAAAAGCACAAGAACAGAAGAGAAGGAGGCUAGGGAUAGCGACAAUAGUAAUAGUAAUAGCGGUAGCGGUGAUAGUGAUUGAGACAGUGUUUACAGGAAUGAGCAUAAAGGAUGCAUUGAAUAAUGGGAAUGCAAUGAGUGAUGAAGCAGUGAUUAGUAGGAUUUUGAUGGCAGCAGUGACGAUAGUAAUGAUGCUGAGUGUGAUUGCAUAUGUGAAUUGUGCAAAUAAGCCUGUGUGGUAUGAUAGAUUAAUGAUAGGAGGAAGUGUAGUGAUGGCGCUGAUGAGAGUAUUGAUGGAUGUGUAUGGGGGAGUGAAUGUGAAUGAGUGUGUGGAAGUGAGAGUGAUUAAUGCGUUGAUAGUGGUGAUGAGUGCGGCGAUGGCAAUAAGGAGUGUAGUAGCAGUUAUUAACAGUAAGAUUAAAAAUGCUAAGAGUGAUGGAACAGAUGAGAGUAAUGAUGCAAGUGGAAUAACGAGGAGUGUGAUUGUUGUGCUGAGCACGUGUGUAAUGACAAUGACAGGAUGGGUGAUUCAGAGGAUGAGUAGUCAGGUGAAUAAUGAAAUGCUGCACUAG